AUGGCCUUCAAUAGCAGCAUCUUAGAAAUACUCAAUCUUCACACCAACAAGAUCACAAAAACGGAGCUCGAUGGAUCGACGACUCCCAAUUUAUGGGACCUCAGGCUCGGCGACAAUUUGUUGACCUUUGUCCCAGUCUUCAAGAGCGACAAUCUUCAACUACUCGGUCUUCAGAAGAAUCAGAUCACGAGGGUCGAGUUAGAUGAAUGGGCGACUCCCAGAUUGAGAGAAAUGGACCUCUCCAACAAUUUGUUGACCUCUAUACCAGCCUUCAGGAGUGACAGCCUAGAAAAAUUAAUACUUGAAUCCAAUAAGGUCACGAGCGUGGAGUUCGAUGGAUGGACGACACCCAAAUUGAGAGACCUCAGGCUCAAUGACAAUUUAUUGAGCUUUGUCCCGGCCCUCAAGAGCGACAGCAUUGAAAUACUCGGUCUCCACAAUAAUCAGAUCACGAGCGUCGAGUUCGAUGGAUGGGCGACUCCCAGAUUGAGAGAACUCGCUCUUUACAACAAUUUAUUGACCUCUGUUCCGGCCUUCAAGAGCGACAGCCUAGAAAUACUCUUUCUUCAUGGCAAUAAGAUCAGGAGUGUGGAGUUCUAUCAAUUGACGACUCCCAAUUUGAAGAAUAUCAAUCUCUCCGAGAAUUUGUUGACAUCUGUACCGGCAUUCAAGAGCGACAGCCUGGAAAGACUCGUUCUUCACAGCAAUCAGAUCACAAGCGUGGAGUUCAAGGAAUGGAAGACACCCAAAUUGAGGGAGCUCUGGCUCCACAACAAUUCGUUGACCUUUCUCCCGGCCUUCAGUAGCAACAGCCUAGAAGUGCUCAAUCUCCACACCAAUAUGAUCACGAGUGUGCAGUUAGACGGAUGGGCGACUCCAAGAUUGAAAGGAUUAGACCUCUCCGUCAAUUUGUUGACCUCUGUACCGGCCUUCAAGAGCGACAACCUAGAAGUACUCUUUAUUCGCAUCAAUAAAAUCACGAGUGUGGAGUUCGAUGGACGUACGACUCCCAAUUUGAAGCAACUCGACCUCGCUAACAAUUUGUUGACUUCUGUAACGGCGUUCAAGAGCGACAGUAGAGAAAUACUCGGUCUUCAAAACAAUCUGAUCGUGAAUGUGGAGUUCAACGAAUGGGUGGCUCCUAGAUUGAGACAACUCGACCUCUCCAACAAUUCAUUGACUUCUGUAACGGCUUUCAAGAGCGAUAGCCUAGAAAUACUUGGUCUUCAAAACAAUCGGAUCAUGAGUAGCAAUCCCUUAUUGAAGUUUCCAUCUACAAUAGUCAAAGGCAUGAAGAAACUGGAGAAGUUUUUGUGUCAAGGAGCCACCCUUGGUCCCACCCUUUCAAGCGGUUUCCUGGAAUUCCAGAGCAACGCCUUGAAAUUAGUUGACCUCCGGAACAACGGAAUAUCCAGACUGGAGCCUGGAGCCAUCUCAGGGUAUUAUGCAAAGACGUUCCUCUCCAUUCGAAAGGAAAAGGAUCAUUCGUUUGAACUUUGGAGUUCGAAUGUCAUUAUUUGUCCGAGGCUCGUUGGAUUUGACACGAUCGAUCACAUUCCACAAGGCCCGGCGGAAAUGCUGCACACCUUCGCGUUCUCCCACGCGGCCGGACACUUUCACACGCCUGGCCACACCGUGUGGUAUGGGAACCAGAAUUCAACAUGGUCUCAGUCUGGAACACUAUCUCCCCAUUAG